ACCUAUUUUGGAAAAGCUGUAACAAGGUGAACCGAGGGAGCUUGUUCCCACCUUAAAAUCUGCACUCUUGGUGAUGUCACGUCGGAAAUUUACCAAAGCAAGAACUGGCCAACUGUGCAGAGAGAUCCAGCCCCUCGGAUGGCUGAUUGGGCGGGCAGCACUGACGUGCACUGACGCUUGGAGACUUUAGGUGCAUGUUGGCUGUGGAAUACGGAGCCCACAUAAACAAAGGCACAUUGGAGGGAAGGGCCAGUCUGUCCGGCUUGCUCGCACUGUGCUCUAGUACUAUACUUCCCAACAGAGAAUAACUAGCAAGUGCUCCGUCAUCGGUUGUUUUGUCUGACGAUCUGUCCUUGGGAAACUGUUGCUCAGACGGUUGAAUGAAUGAAUGAAAAAGACAUUGCUAACAAAGAGCGUACUGGGCAGUCUGGAGUCCUCACUGAUUUUCUAAAAUCUUGGAAACUUUGUCUCCAUUGAAUUCCGACACUGUUCACCUUUAAUUCCCUCGAAAACGCGUGUAACCCGGCUGAAGCCAUGCCCUGUGUUCAGGCUCAGUAUGGGUCAUCGCCUCAAGGAGCCAGCCCAGCUUCCCAGAGCUACAGUUACCACUCUUCAGGAGAAUACAGCUCCGAUUUCUUAACUCCAGAGUUUGUCAAGUUUAGCAUGGACCUCACCAACACUGAAAUCACUGCCACCACUUCUCUCCCCAGCUUCAGUACCUUUAUGGACAACUACAGCACAAGCUACGACGUGAAGCCACCUUGUUUGUACCAAAUGCCCCUGUCCGGACAGCAGUCCUCUAUUAAAGUGGAAGACAUUCAGAUGCACAGCUACCAGCAACACAACCACCUCCCCCCUCAGUCGGAGGAGAUGAUGCCUCAUUCAGGCUCCGUUUACUACAAGCCUUCGUCGCCUCCGACUCCCACCACUCCCGGCUUCCAGGUGCAGCACAGCCCCAUGUGGGACGACCCUGGCUCCCUCCACAACUUCCACCAGAAUUACGUGGCCACCACCCACAUGAUCGAGCAGAGGAAAACGCCUGUGUCCAGGCUCUCCUUAUUCUCCUUUAAGCAAUCACCGCCAGGAACCCCAGUGUCCAGCUGCCAGAUGCGAUUUGACGGGCCCCUGCACGUGCCCAUGAACCCCGAGCCAUCCGGGGCCCACCAUGUAGUCGAUGGCCAGACAUUUGCAGUGCCCAAUCCCAUCCGCAAACAGGCAUCCAUGGGCUUCCCAGGGCUACAGAUUGGCCAUGCUUCCCAGCUGCUGGACACCCAGGUGCCAUCCCCUCCCUCCCGGGGGUCUCCAUCCAACGAGGGCCUCUGUGCAGUGUGCGGGGACAACGCGGCCUGCCAGCACUACGGAGUGCGCACUUGUGAGGGCUGCAAGGGGUUCUUCAAGCGCACUGUCCAGAAAAACGCAAAAUACGUGUGUUUAGCAAAUAAAAACUGCCCAGUUGACAAACGCCGCAGAAAUCGCUGCCAGUAUUGUCGGUUUCAAAAGUGCCUUGCAGUUGGCAUGGUCAAAGAAGUGGUUCGCACAGACAGUUUAAAAGGCCGAAGGGGUCGCUUACCAUCCAAACCGAAGAGCCCCCAGGAGCCCUCUCCCCCCUCUCCCCCGGUGAGUCUGAUCAGUGCCCUGGUGAGAGCCCAUGUCGACUCCAACCCGGCUAUGAGCAGCCUGGACUAUUCCAGGUUCCAGGCUAACCCUGACUACCAGAUGAGUGGAGAUGACACUCAGCAUAUCCAGCAGUUUUAUGAUCUCUUGACCGGCUCCAUGGAGAUCAUCCGAGGAUGGGCAGAAAAAAUCCCUGGUUUCACUGACCUGUCUAAACCAGACCAGGACCUUCUCUUCGAAUCCGCUUUCUUGGAACUGUUUGUGCUGCGGCUAGCAUACAGGUCCAGCCCAGUGGAGGGCAAGCUUAUCUUUUGCAAUGGGGUGGUCCUGCACAGGUUGCAGUGUGUCCGUGGCUUUGGAGAAUGGAUUGAUUCCAUUGUUGAAUUCUCCUCCAACUUGCAAAAUAUGAACAUCGACAUAUCUGCCUUCUCAUGCAUCGCUGCCCUGGCUAUGGUAACAGAGAGGCACGGGCUAAAGGAACCCAAGAGGGUGGAAGAACUUCAGAACAAGAUUGUAAAUUGUCUCAAAGACCAUGUGACUUUCAAUAACGGAGGUUUGAAUCGCCCCAAUUAUUUGUCCAAACUCUUGGGGAAGCUCCCUGAACUUCGCACCCUUUGCACACAGGGACUGCAACGCAUUUUCUACCUGAAACUAGAAGAUUUGGUGCCACCUCCAGCAAUAAUCGACAAACUUUUUCUGGACACUUUACCUUUUUAAGACUCUUCCCAUGCACUUAAAGUGAACUUUAAAGAAAAUAAACUCGGCCUGUCUGAAGGGGAAUUCACCUGUGCGCAAAGCAGCACCUUUGGGUGCCAGAUUCCCAUCCCCAAAACUGUUGCUAACCUCCUGAAGGCAAAACGUGAAUGGGCAUUUUGGCUCUGGGGCAUCAAGGAUUCAGAUGGUGGACAACUUAAAUACCAUGGUAUAAGCUUUUUAUUAUCAGCUCAAAAUAUUAUUAAAAAGGACUUCUGAUUAAAAAGACGAUCAUAUUUGGCAACUCUGGGCUAAGACUCAUAUGAUGACAAAGUAUUAAGGUGACCCACAAGUCUCACCCUCUUAAAGACUAAAGUUUUCUGAUGUAAAAGAAAGCUGUAAUAUAUACUAAAAACUAAAUGUUGCGUGGGUGGCAUGAAAUUAAAGAAGGCAAAGGCUUGUAAAUUUAUCAGAUGCAGUUUGGCUUUUUAAAUUAUUCUGUGCCUAUUUAUGAAUAAAUAUUAAAAUCAGUUCUAAAAGAAAGAACAUAGAUGUGUUUGCAAAGAAAGAGAAUGAAGUAAUUCAAUGAAAUGGGAAAGCAUGAUGAUUCUAGGAUGACAAUGUUAUAGGCACUUGCUAUUUCAGUAAUGUCUAUAUUCUAUAAAUAGUAUUUCAGACACUAUGUAGUCUGUUAGAUUUUAUAAAGAUUGGUAGUUAUCUAAGCUUCAAACAUUUUCUCAAUUGUAAAAUAGGUGGGCACAAGUAUUACAAAACUGAAAUCUUGGACAAAAGGGCACAUAGUGUUUGUAAACACCGUCCAACAUUCCUUGUUUGUAAGUGUUGUAUGUACUGUUGAUGUUGAUUAAAAAAAGUUUAUAUCUUGAUUAUUUUGUUGUCUAAAGCUAAACAAAUCGUGCAUGCAACAGCUUUUGACUGUUUCCAGAGUGCUUAUAAUAUAUAUAACUCCCUGGAAAUUACUGAGCACUUUGAAUUUUUUGUUUUGUUUUCUAUGUCUAAAAUUGUCAGUUAAUAUAUUAUUUUAUGUUUGAGUAAUAUUUUUAAUAUUGCCAUAUUCUGUAGUAUUUUUCUUUGUAUAUUUCCAGUAUGGCACAUUAUACAAGUCACUGCCUUUUUUUCUAUGGUGUAUGACAGUUAGAGACGCUGAAUUUUUUUUCCUGAUAAACUCUUUCUUUGAGGAAAGACAAUUUUAAUGUUUACAACAAUAAAAUCAUGUAAAC